AUGCUGGAGGAGCCGCAGGAGGUGGGCGAGGACGGAAGCCUCCUGGGGGCCGGGCAGGAGGUGGGCGAGGAGGGGAGCCCCCCACCUGGAACCCCCGACCCUCCCCAGGGUAAGAAGAUCGUGCCGGGCAUCGUGUACCUAGGGCACAUCCCGCCCCGCUUCCGGCCCCGGCACGUCCGAAACCUACUCAGCGUCCACGGGGAGGUCGGACGCAUCUUCCUGCAGCCCGAGGAGCGGUUCGUCCGGCAGAGGAAGAAGAAAGCUGGCGCCAAGGCCAAGAACUACACGGAGGGCUGGGUCGAGUUCAGGGACAAGCGCGUGGCGAAGCUCGUGGCCGCCAGUCUGCACAACACGCCUAUGGGCACCCGCCGGCGCAGCCGCUUCCACUACGACCUGUGGAACAUCAAGUACCUGCACCGGUUCAGGUGGCCGCACCUGAGCGAGCGCCUGGCCUACGAGCGGCAGGUCCGGCAGCAGCGCCUGCGGGCUGAGAUCUCCCAGGCCAAGCGCGAGACCAGCUUCUACCUGCGCAGUGUGGAGACCAGCCAGCGCUUCGCCCGCCGGGCCGCUGCCGCCCCUGCCGGUGCCGAGGAGAAGAGCUGGGGCUUCGUCCAGCGCCCCACGGAGGAGGAGAUCCAGUGGCGCAAGGCAGGCGCGGGCGGGCGCCGGCUCCGUGGGCAGCUGGCCAAGGCCCGGGAGAUCCAGUUGAAAUCCCAGACCAGCCGCUCCUUGCUGGCCAAGAUCUUCAAUGCCGCGGACGCUGCCUCUGAGGAGGCACCAGGGGGCCCGGAUCUGUAG